AUGACGGGCCGCGAGGAGGGGGCCGAGGGCGGCGCGGGCAGGGGCAAGCUGGCGGCGGCGGCAGCGCCCAGCGCGGAGAAGGCGGCGGCCCGGCCGGCCAGCGGCAGCCUGCGCUCCAAGGGCUUCGCCAUCACCGACCUGCUGGGCUUGGAGGCGGAGCUGCAGCCGCCCGGGCCGGCCGCCUCGUCGGGCGGCGAGGGCGGCGGGCCGGCCGGCCUGGGCGGGGGCGCCCUGCCGCUGGGCUUGGGCUUCCUCUGCGGCUUCGCCCCGCAGCAGCCCGCCGGGCCGCAUUGCCUGCUGCCGGCUCACCUGCCCUUCCUGCAGCCGCGGCCCGAGCCCUGUGGCCCGGGAGCCGAGAAGCGCCGCGAGAGCCUCUCCGAUGAAGAUAGCUUGUCGGGGGACAAGAGUGACCUGAAGACUUCUGGCUCCCAGAUCAAGAGAAAGAAACGACGGCACAGGACAGUAUUUACUGCCCACCAAUUGGAGGAACUGGAAAAGGCUUUCAAUGAAGCUCAUUACCCUGAUGUGUAUGCCAGGGAAAUGUUAGCAAUGAAAACUGAGCUCCCUGAGGACAGAAUUCAGGUCUGGUUUCAAAACCGAAGAGCCAAGUGGCGGAAGCGUGAGAAGUGCUGGGGUCGCAGCAGUGUCAUGGCAGAAUAUGGCCUUUAUGGUGCUAUGGUGAGACACUCUAUCCCACUACCUGAAUCCAUCAUCAAUUCUGCCAAAAGUGGGUUAGUGGGCUCCUGUGCUCCUUGGCUGCUUGGGAUGCAUAAAAAAUCAAUGGAUGUUUCAAGAAAGCCUGAGACUGAGGAAAAGGGGAAUGGUGGCUGGAAAUAUGAAUAUCCUGAAGAGGAAUUCAAAUAUAAGCAGACAGAGCAGGAGAGAAACUCCAAUGACAAAUUCCACUCAAUGGACAAUUCUGAAGAUACUGCAAUUGACCUCUCAAGUACAGCAAAGCAUGAGAAAAAGAGCAGCACUUUGAGACAGUGUCUCAAGGGAGGGCCACAGCCCAAAGUGAAGGACAGUGAGCACUAA